AUGACUGUUCCGCCAUGUCUUAUAUGGAAAUACCCAGGACGACGUUUGAAAUUGCCUUCAGAAUCGUGUUUACUUCCAUUACCUCGUUCUGGUGUGGCUGCUUUGGAAGCUUUUUUGUACGACACAAUGGGUCUCUUCAUUCCUCCGCAUGCCGAAUAUCUAUCCGAUACUGAGCCUUCAUUGAUCAAUUCAGAAUAUUUUAUCUCACUUUCCAACUCGCAAGCAACACGUGAAAGUGAACAUAGCAGAAGACAAAAUAUUCGCUUGAAGAUUUGUACGAAAUUGAGCCAAAUCAUAUCGUACAAUCUGACAUAUUUACGCAAAAUGCACUUUGAUUCAGGAACGAAGGCGUUCGUAUGUUGCAAGGUUUGGUUUUAA